AUGGCAACUUUAAAGGGAGGAGUUGAGGAUGAGGUGAUGGCUGCAUUGCAUGUCGUAGAGAAUACUCAUAAGCCGUUCUCCCCACUCAGAAUGCUAGUUGUACUCUUCCGCUACCAUCCUCAACUGUUCGGCACCCAGGUACAUAAUCUAAGAGCAGACCUUUCCAUCAUCUCCUCCGAGCGUGACGUCAUGAAACAGAGUCUCACCGAAGUCCACUCGGUGGCUGGUAUAAUAACUGAACAACUGCAGGAAACAAUGAACGCUCAGUUCUACGAGUUCUUCAAAUGGCUUUGGAUGUGUACUGCACCCGAUCUCGGUUUGGCUGCUACGGGGUGUGCAGCUCAUUCGAAGAAGAGUGAUCUCAUAGACGGGCUCGUCAAAGCUGUCGUAGAAGCACAAGCCGACAAAUCAAAUCUCCGCCGAGAGUGUCAAGACAACACCGAACUUAGAGCAGAAUUAGAUGCAGCUCGAACGAGAGUGGAGGCCAUGAAGAGAUCCGAGUCCGAUAAGCAGGCACAAAUUACACUGAAAACGGAAGCUUUGAGGAAGGCUGAGUCCAAUUAUCAACAGGCUAAGGAGGGUCUAGAGAGUGCGGAAAGGCGGGGUGUGUGGCUAACUGGCCAGGUUCGGGAGAUACAGAGUUUGGUCAACGAGAAAGAUGCUUUGGUCCAGAAACUACAGCAAGAGAUCGCUCAUGUGUGCACAUCAAAGAACGACCUUCUCCAUCAUGAUACAACCGAAGAAUCUGUCCUGUCCCAGUAUCUACCCCAAAAGCUGAACCCGUCUGUGAUUAACAGAGCCUGUACACCGGAAGUCGACAAUGCUUCUCCAGCCAUGGAUACCUCUCCCCCGUCAACAGUCUCAAAAAAGGGGAGUGCCUCUAGACGAGUCCAGAUUCCAGACUGGGAGAUGGCUGACCUUACCCUCCUCGCUGAGUAUUCCACUCCCUGUAAUGUUACCAUCAACGAUGCUUAA